UCCAUGGUUGUAAUGAAGAGGGUCGUGUGACUCUAAUUCAAAUACGCAGGUUUCCUAAACCCUAAUCUUUUAUCAUCGGCACCGACCUUUCCGGCAACCGCCAUGUCGACAAACACAAGCGCAGCAACGACAUCGACGACGCGACCUGUUGUCUUCAUGGAUAUCCAUAUCGGGGAGACGGCGGCUGGCCGCAUGAAAAUGGAGCUCUUCAGUGAUAUAGCUCCAAAAACUGCGGAGAACUUCCGUCAGCUCUGCACCGGUGAACAUCGAGUCAACUCGCGUCCCAUGGGAUACAAGGGAGCGACAUUUCAUCGUGUCGUUCGUGAUUUCAUGGUACAAGGCGGCGAUUUUAUAAAUGGGGACGGAACAGGAAGUUUUUCUAUCUACGGAGAGAAGUUUCCGGAUGAGAAUUUCGUGUCGAAGCACACUGGGCCUGGUCUUUUAUCGAUGGUAGGAGCAUCACGAGAUUUGAUCCGAGCUCAGUUUUUCAUCACUACAGCAAAAUGCGACUUUCUUGAUGGCAAACACGUCGUGUUCGGAAAAGUGAUCGAUGGUUUACUAACCCUGCGGAAGAUCGAAAAUGUUCCCACUGGCCCGAAUAAUCGGCCGAAGCUGGCUGUGAAGAUAACAGAAUGUGGUGAGAUGUGAACACAUCAAAUAUUUCGCGCUGGGUCUCACGUAAGGGAUUGUUGGAGUACUACCUCGUGGAGUUACAGUAUAGCAUUUGGGAGAUGCCGAGAUUCAACCAGUCAACUGACAUGCUUGUUUUUGGAAAACCGUCAUUGCCAUUACGAUAUCUCUGGACCUUCGAGAGCGGCAUGAUAUCAUCAAUUAUCGCUGGCUAAUCGCGCGUGAAAUGAACGUUGUCCAGCGCGCUUGAGGUCAGUGUCCA